CGCUCAUGAAUAUCCAAUGAGCGCGCUCGGUGGGUACGCAGAACGAGACGGUUGUGAAGUCUAUUAGACACGUCUUAUUAUUGAUAAAGAAGGUCCAACGUUAGCCGUGGUUACAGAAAUAGUGGGAAUUUGUGUGUGGGGGCUUUUUUUUUUUAUCUCCGUGGUUCUGGACCCAGCAUUAGCUGCCAACUCAGCCUCCGUCUUGCCCGUAGCCUUGGCACGGAACAAUGCCUGGCAAAGCCGAGGUGGCAGUGGCGCUCCCAGCCGCAGCGGCUCCUCAGGAGUCCUACCCUUUUGUUUUAAAGAAGAUCAUGGACAUCCCACCUCCUAACAUCCUGGAGGAAGGAGACGACGAGUUAGAGAAGGAGAAGCAGUGCUCCUCGGAGGAUGUGGACGGAGGAGGCGGUGUGGCCUCCAGUGCUGGUGGAGGCUCUAGAGGAGCAGGAGGUGGAGGCAGCGGAGGAGGCGGUGCAGGAGCGUCGGCCUCCCUGACCCCGGCCAUCUGGGAGAAGACCAUUCCUUACGAUGGCGAGACGUUCCACUUGGAGUACAUGGACCUGGACGAGUUUCUCCUGGAGAACGGGAUCCCGGUGAGCCUGGAGGAGGAGGAGCUACAGAGGACUCUGGCCUCCGUGGAAACCAAAGGCAAACCCGCUCCCAAGGCCGUCGCUGUGGCUCCCGCCGCACCAGUCUCUGCCCCUCCGACCGCCGCCGAAGUCCCCGCCGAAGUCCCCGCCUCAGCAACCCCCGCCGCGCCUCCCUCCGACGCCCCUUCGGAUGCAGAGGAAACCGCGACGGUCACGAUGUUGCAGCCCGCCAAAAUAGAAGAAGAAGAAGAAGAGGAGGAGGAGGAAGGACAAGAAGAGGAAGCUUUGACUGAGGAAGCUCCAGCAGAAGUGAAAGGGAAGAAAACAGACGGUAAAGGUGCAGAACGAAACACGCCCUCCCCCAUCGACCCAGAUGCCAUCGAGGUGGACAUCAACUUCCAGCCGGACCCCACAGACCUGGUCCUGUCCAGCGUUCCUGGGGGAGAACUGUUCAACCCCCGCAAGCACAAGUUCUCCGACGAGGAGCUGAAGCCCCAGCCCAUGAUCAAAAAAGCAAAGAAAGUGUUUGUUCCCGACGAGCAAAAGGACGAUAAAUACUGGUCCAGGAGGAAGAAGAACAACCUGGCAGCGAAGCGUUCCCGCGAUGCGCGGCGGCUGAAGGAGAACCAGAUCACGGUGCGGGCCUCCUUCCUGGAGCGGGAAAACGCCGCGCUGAGGCAGCAGGUUGCCGAGAUGCGGAAGGACUGCGGCCGCUGCAAGAACGUCGUGGCCCGCUACGAGGCCAAGUACGGCCCUCUGUAAAGACAAAAACAAAUAAGAAAAAAAAAUAGAAAAGAAACGGCGUCGAAAAAAGAAGAACGAAAUAAAAAGAAAUCUAGAAUCCAACGAGACAGAAGCAGAACUCCCUUCCCCGCAGAAUCCCAACACGAGACACACACCUAAAAUUUGCAAUGUUGUCUUCACCGACCUCCGGUCGAGCGCCAGCUGGCGUGGUGAUGCUGGAGGUUUGGACACACGCUGUCAGGUGAUGGGGGUGCGACGGGAGCGGUGGUCGCAGGAAGGCCUGUGGAGAGCGCCUGGCUCCUACACUGAAAGAAGUGGUCGAUUGUGGGUGUGGAAAAAGUCAUAAAGUGUAGAAAAAGAGGAAAGCUGGUGCAGCAGAAUCUCUCUCUCUAUCUCAGUCUCUCUCUCUCUCUCUCUCACACACACACACUUCGGUUUUAUCACCACACCACUGCUUCUUGGAGGACCAAGUCGUGGACAGGCUCAAUCAGGCUAAUUAAACGAGCCGGAGUUAGCUUCGUGCCGGUACUGCUAGCAGGGCAGACUGCUGUCGGCGGGCUUCAGUCCCAGUUCUUCCCCGUGUACACGUCGUGUUUUUGUGUAUUCUUAGUGUGUGUAACUCAUCAUUGCACUUUUUUUCCCCUUAAAACACACACUCACACAUUAGCUGUGUGAGAACAGGUAGCCGUUAGCCACCUAGCUCACUUUAAAACCGCAGAAGGAAGAUUUAAAAAAAAAAAAAAAAACCCAGUAGCUCCUCAUAGAGGAUUAUUAAGAGGGUGUUGAAGGCUAAUAAAUUCUGAGUUGUAUAAAAAUGAAGACUUUACAAAUCAAGGAAGAAAAGUCAAUUUUUAUGUCAACCAGACGGUUAAAGUUUGACGAACUCGGAGGCCCUCAUUCGUGGAGGGGUAUGUUAAAACGUAGAGAUGUUUAUUUUACUGCACACUGCAAGUAGAGGGCGCUAGAGUCACUGUCUCCCCACCAAAGGUGUCGUGACACGGGAUUGAUUUCUUCUGUCUUUUUUUUUUUUUUCCUAAACAUGUAGCCAGGGCCCAGAGCCCGCGUGCUUGUAAAUAAUAUAUAUUAUGAUUAUUUUCUUUUCCUAAGACAGGGACUAUGAAAGGUGUCUUUGUUAAACCAAUAAUAUCCUAAUGUUUGCCAAAUAAGGAGUGCUGUAUUCUCUCUGAUGGUAAUAACACAUCUGUUAAUUGUGGUGUACAAAACCAGUUUUUUUUCAUUCUUUAACAAACAGUUAUACUAUGAAAACCAAUGACCGAGCAGGGAAUUCAAUGGAUAAACUGUGUUUUUGGAUGUUUUUCAAACAGAUUUCUAAAUGUCUUUGUUAUUUCCUCCAGGAUAUGUGACGCUUUGCUUUACCUCAUUCAGCACGUCCUACCAGGGCCAGUCCAAGGUUUUUAGUAGAACUUGACACAAGGCCCCACUUGCAAUUAAGUCUCACAAGCGUAAUUAAAAGACAUUUAAUUAUACAAUCUGGCUGGGAGAGACUGAAUUGUACAUGAAUGUGAGCUCCACCGCAGAUAUUUUUUAAAAAAUGUCUUAAAAUUUAAUUUAAAAAAAUCUUAUCAAAUUUUAAAAAUCAAAUGUAUUACAACUUAUAAUGAAAUAGAAAUGAUUAAGUUAGCAGCAAUAAAUUGCUAGCAUGACCAUCAAACUAAAUUUCCCCUUGUAUGAAGACAUAACACAUUUUGUACGUUUUUUAAAAAAUAAAACAACUUUAAGGCAAUUAAAAAAAUGUAAAGCUAUUAAAAACGAAUUAUUAGUUUUAAAUCGCGACUCCAACAUCAAACUAAAUGUAUAUAUUUUUUAAUUUGAAAAUUAAAAACUUUGAAAGUUCUCUUUAAACUCUGACUACCGCUCAUGUAAAAGUCACAAUUUCUCAUAAACAUGACCGGAAACAUUGGCUUCUGACAUCUAUCAGCUGGAAUUAGUGUGAUAGUGAAAGGGCUCUUGGGGGCCCCCUGCUGGCCUGGGGGCCCAAAGCAGUGACCUAGCCUGGCUACUCUACUUCCCAUUCUGAUUGGAUGCAUUUUAGCAGAGCUAAAGUUGGCUUGGUUGAAGUAGAAAGCGUAUAAGCGGCAGGUUAGUUCUUUAUGGCGCAAACUUUGGUUGAAUUCCCUUUUGCUAAAAUGGCCGAACCUGUUUCUAAUUCAGCAUCACAGACUGUUAGGGGUUUCUACAUUUUGUAAUCGGCUGGUUUGGGCUCCUUCUCACUGUACUCUUGGAAAGAUAAUUAAUGUGGCAAUAAUACUCUGUUAUGUAAUGCCUGUUUAAUUUUAAGUAACGAUGUUAUGUGUAAAACGUGCUAUGACGUACUAAAUAGAAAUGUCCCCAAGUCGUCGUGCUUCCAGUUUUUGGUCUUCUUUCCUUAAGGAUCCUAAUGCAUGAAAUCCAGUAAAGCUCGUCUUUAUUUUCUCUUGUAAGUGUCACACCAAGUGUACUUAUGUCUGUAAAACCAUCACUAAAUAUAGGAUGUGUUUUUGGAUGCCUAAGAUACUUACUCUGUAAAAAAAGAAAUAAAUUAUAAUAAUAAUAAUAAAAAGAUGUCCUCUGCUUAUGAUGGGCACAACAGCACCAUCUGUCUCAGCUGAAAGCGGUAUCUUUUUCUAACUAUUCUAAGGGUUGACUUCGAUUUACUGCAAAUUGAAUUAUGUCAACGAUAUACACUGGAUCAGUCGGUGCUUUCUGUGUUUUCAUAAAGGCUAAUAACGUUCUCGGCGGUGUAGUAUAAAGGACAUUUUUAGAGCAGCGUGCAUUUUCCUUUAUGCCUUUUGGACAGUGCGAACAUUUUAUUUUUCCCACUUAAUGGAAAACACGUUUCUCCUAAAAAAAAAAAUGGGUUGAAAUUUAAUGCCGUUACGGGCGUUUUUAGUAUAAAAUAAAAAUAUAAAAAGAUGUUACGCACAGCAUGUACUGUAGCUGUCUCUUUCGUUCUGAUGUGAAGCACCUUAAAAAAAAAAUUAUUUAUAAUGUAAGAAAUGAUGCGAGAUUAAAACAAGUUAAAGAUACUCGAUUGGCGGCUUGUAUUAUUUUUUAGGAAAGGAAAAUUGCAGCAGUCUAUCAGUCGAUUAUUGCUACACAUUGAUCCUCCGUCUUUAACCAAAUCUUUUGUCGUUUUGUGAUCAAGAUCUUGAACUUUUUCAAGAUGUUCCAAAAAGAAAACACACAAUAAGACAGUAAUGCUAUUAGUUGGAAAUCUGGAGCUCAGUUUAAUUUCUCAAAUAUGAACAAGUUCCACCCUGUAACCAGGUUGGAAUGCAAAUCUGAAUCAGUUCAAAUAUUAUUGUUCACUUGUUAUAGUGCUCCUGGGAAAAGAAAUCGUCAAAUGUUUCAAUGUGUUUUUUUGGUUUCUUCUCUUUUUGAUAUAAACAUGUUUUUGUAAUCCCACUAUCUGAUACAUGCAGCUGUCAUAAUAUGUAACUGUACCUUGUUAUAUGCAUAUAAAAUAAAGUGGAAUUUAAUGA